GGCGGGAGGCGGUGCGGCCGGUGAGUGGGGCCGGGACCCCGUGAGGGGCCGGGACCUGGGUGGGCAGAGCCCCCUCCCCCCCCCCCCCCCCAUGCCCCCCGCCUGCCCUCUGCGGCAGGCCCAGCUUCCCGGCGUCUCCCCUGCCCACGAGGGGCAGGCCGCGCUCCCGCCGUGGGGGCGCCGGGGCUUCUCCCGGUGCGGGGCUGAUCCCCACGCGUGUCCUGAGCCUGUGACCCGUGGAACCGCCGUGCCUUGCUUCCGCGGAGGACGGAGCGCCGCCUCUUCCCCUCUCCGCGGGACCCCAGGGCCGGCGGAGCGCCGGGGCUCUGCCAGCGCCGCCAUGGACUUGGCCUACAUCUGCGAGUGGGAGAAGAAACCGAAAAGCGACCACUGUCCUUCCAUCCCGUUAGUGUGCGCCUGGUCCUGCCGCAACCUCAUCGCCUUCACCACAGACCUCAGAAACGAGGAGGAGAAAGAUCUUACCCAUAUGGUCCAUAUCAUUGAUACUGAGCAUCCGUGGGACGUCUAUUCUGUUAAUUCUGGCCAUGCUGAAGUCAUCACUUGUUUGGAGUGGGAUCAGUCAGGCUCCAGGCUGCUCUCGGCAGACGCAGAUGGUCACAUCAAGUGCUGGAGCAUGACCGAUCACUUGGCCAACAGCUGGGAGAACACUGUGGGCAGUAUGGUGGAAGGGGACCCAGUUGUGGCCUUGUCCUGGCUGCACAAUGGCGUGAAGCUGGCUCUGCACGUGGAAAAGUCUGGAGCGUCGAACUUCGGUGAGAAAUUUUCCCGGGUCAAGUUCUCUCCGUCACUGACGCUGUUUGGUGGGAAGCCCAUGGAGGGCUGGAUUGCCGUGACCAUCAGCGGGCUGGUGACAGUCUCUCUCCUCAAGCCCAAUGGGCAGGUGCUGACGUCCACAGAGAGCCUGUGCCGCCUCCGCUGUCGCGUUGCCUUGGCAGACGUGGCCUUCACUGGUGGGGGGAACAUCGUGGUGGCCACGUCGGAUGGCAGCAGCACCUCCCCUGUCCAGUUCUACAAAGUCUGCGUCAGCGUGGUGAAUGAGAAAUGCAAAAUAGACACUGAAAUCCUGCCUUCCCUCUUCAUGCGCUGCACCACAGACCCUGCCCGCAAAGACAAAUACCCAGCAAUCACUCACCUGAAAUUCCUCGCUCGGGACAUGUCAGAGCAGGUGUUGCUUUGUGCUUCCAACCAAAACAGCAGCAUCGUGGAGUGCUGGUCUCUGCGGAAAGAGGGCUUGCCAGUCAAUAAUAUCUUUCAGCAAAUCUCCCCUGUGGUUGGAGACAAGCAACCCAUGAUACUGAAAUGGCGGAUUCUUUCUGCCACCAACGACUUGGAUCGGGUUUCAGCUGUGGCUCUGCCAAAGUUGCCAAUCUCCCUGACCAAUACUGAUCUGAAGGUGGCGAAUGACACCAAAUUCUUCCCUGGAUUGGGCCUGGCUUUGGCUUUUCACGAUGGCAGCGUCCACAUUGUUCAUCGCCUGUCCUUGCAAACGAUGGCCGUCUUCUACGGCUCUUCCUCCCAGCGCCCAGUGGACGAGCAGGCCAUCAAAAGGCAGCGAACUGCUGGUCCCCUGGUUCACUUCAAAGCCAUGCAGCUCUCCUGGACAUCUCUGGCCUUGGCUGGCAUCGAUAGUCAUGGGAAGCUGAGCAUGCUUCGCAUCUCCCCCUCCAUGGGCCACGUGCUGGACAUGAACAUGUCCCUCCGUCACUUGCUGUUCCUCUUGGAGUAUUGCAUGGUGACAGGCUACGACUGGUGGGACAUCCUUCUCCACGUCCAACCCAACAUGGUCCAGAACCUGGUGGAAAAGCUGCACGAAGAGUACAUGCGCCAGAAUGCGGCCCUGCAACAGGUUCUCUCCACGCGCAUUGUUGCCAUGAAGGCGUCUCUCUGCAAGCUCUCCUCCAGCACGAUAGCCCGUGUGUGCGACUACCACGCAAAGCUGUUCCUCAUCGCCAUUAGCUGCACCUUGAAAUCGCUGCUACGCCCGCACUUCCUGAACACCCCAGACAAGAGUCCCGGGGACCGACUCACCGAGAUCUGCUCCAAGAUCACAGAUAUAGACAUUGACAAGGUGAUGAUUAACCUGAAGACAGAAGAAUUUGUCCUGGAGAUGACCACGUUGCAGUCCCUGCAGCAGCUCAUCCAGUGGGUGGGAGAUUUUGUGCUCUAUCUGCUGGCCAGCCUUCCUAACCAGGGUUCCCCGGUGCGGCCGGGACACAGCUUUCUGCGGGACGGAGCGUCCUUGGGCAUGUUCAGGGAGCUGAUGGUGGUGAUCCGUAUUUGGGGACUGUUGAAGCCGAGCUGCCUCCCCGUCUACACAGCAACCUCUGACACCCAGGACAGCAUGUCCCUCCUCUUCAGGCUGCUAACUAAACUCUGGCUGUGCUGUCGUGAGGAAAAUCACAUAACGGAGCCAGAUGAUACCCUGAUAGAUGAGUGUUGCCUCCUGCCUAGCCAGUUGCUCAUUCCCAAUAUCGACUGGUUGCCCAUCAACGAUGGCAUUAUCAGCAAGCUGCAGAACAAACAGCUCGUCCGGCUGCAGUUUGGGAAAGCUCCAGGGCUCGUUGGUCACACCGUCUCUUCCCAGUUUGAUGCCUUUGUCAGGGCGCCCGGACAGCCCAAAAUUGAUCAUCUGAGGCGGCUUCAUUUAGGAGCGUACCCCACAGAGGAGUGCAAGUCGUGCACCAGGUGUGGCUGCGUUACGAUGCUGAAAUCACCAAACAAAGUCACUGCGGUGAAACAGUGGGAGCAGCGCUGGAUCAAAAACUGCUUGUGUGGGGGGCUGUGGAGGAGGAUGCCCCUCAGCUAUUCCUGAGCACGUCUUCUGUGCAGGCAGAGCGGGUGCCAAGCGGAAGAGCUGCUCGGAGCUUCCUUGGAGGUAGUUGGGACAAAGGAACGGCAGCUCUGAGCUCUCCGAAAGCAUCGUCCCCGUGCCGCUGGCAAGGCAGUGCCAAGCCAGCUGACCAGCAGUGCCGCUGCUUUUCUCGUAUUGAUCUUUCUGGGCAAAAAGGAGGGGAGGGAGCUUUUUCUCUUUUACAGGGAAGAGCCAGAUGGGAAUGCCAGAGGCUGCCCCGGCUGGGGCCGAGGGCCUGGGAGGAGAGAGCUGGGCUGCAGCUGUGCCUCUGGGCUGAGGCAGAGGGGCUGGGCGCUGGCUGAGCCCUUGCCUGGGCAGAGCGGUGAUGGGUGGUGGCCGGGGCCAGACAGUCCCAGACCAAAGGGGAGCAGAUUCAUGGUACCUUCUGUUCAUCCCUUGGCACAGGCCGCUCGGGAAGUGUGGCAUGAGCUGGUUACUCCCUGUUUCCCUGUACCUCCCCGUCCUUUGAGGAAACUUGCCCCUCUGGUGGGGAUGUCAUUGUUGUACCCAUGUGUGUUGUAACGGAGCAAUGUCUUCCCCCUCCGGAGGAGCAGGAACUGCCCAGAGCAAACCCCUCUGGCUCUCACCAAACCGGCAGCUCUUUUGUAAAUAAAAGUUCCCUUAAUUUUGUACAAAAUGUUUGGUUUGUUUUGAAAACUUGAGCAGUCUUUUGUGUGACUUUGGUCACGCAGCACCUGUCCAGGACAGAACAGAAGCGGGAAACGCCUGUUAAUUUUGUCUCUAUUAAGAAAGGAGCUGCAAUCACUUGCAAAAUGGGAAGGGGCAAGCUUCUGUUGGGUUACUGUGGACACAAGAGGAGAAGACAGCAAGUCGUUAGGAUUGUUGUACAAAGCUGGACACUUCAGUGUGUCUGAGGAAGAGUGUUCCCCAUUUACAGCUCUGCACUGCUCCCAAGGUCGGGUGCCUGUGGGAGCCGGGGUGCUUGGAGGAUCUGCUCACUCAGAACUGGGCUGCAGCAGGCAGCUGCCCGCUUGUGGGGAGCCCUGAGCUGCUGCCGCGAUCAGACCAAGCUGAGGGUGCUCGGCACCUUCACGGAGUCGGACCUGAACAUUUGUGUGCUUUGACAAAGCGCAGCGGUGAUGCUUGGAGCUGAUCGGUGGUUUGGCCAAAUUCCUGCCUGUCCCCAGAGACCGGUUAAGGGGAAGAACGAGCCCGUUUUUAUAUGUUCCUUUCCCUCUGGAGCUGCAUUUUCAUUUAUUAGUGAAACAUUGAACUGAUGGCAAAGAGCUUGCCUCUCAGCUCUGCUUAAUGUUUUGCCGUACGGAGCUGGUAGCUGCCUUGCUAUUCUGCUGGUAAUUAAGGAAAAGCAAAAGGCUAAUUAGGAAACUACAACUUCUUGUGAAGGUUUUUUUUCCCCUGUAAGUAAAGCUGUAAUCAACCCG